GGGCACUGCUCACUGGCUGCUGUCCCUCGCCAGACUGGCCAAUGGUGAAAUGGGGACAGCCUGUCCCCAUGAGUACCGGUUUCACUCAUAAGGCCAGGCCAUUUUCUCCUCAUUUUCAUCUGUACGAUAGCCAGUAGAUCUGACUACACCAGAAGGGCUCAGGAUGCUGCUCCAAACUGUCCUGCUGCUCUUAGUUCUGCACUGUCAUGCUGAGGUUACCACAGCUGAAGAACCAGGAGUCCCACUCCCUCCUCCCAAGGGGACUUGUGAAGGUUGGAUGGCAGGCAUCCCAGGACAUCCUGGCCACAAUGGAACACCAGGCCGUGAUGGCAGAGAUGGUACUCCUGGUGAGAAGGGCGAGAAAGGAGAUGCAGGUCUUCUUGGCCCUAAGGGCGAGACAGGAGAUGUUGGGGGGACUGGAGCUGAAGGGCCCCGAGGCUUUCCCGGAAUCCCCGGCAGGAAAGGCGAGCCUGGAGAAGGCGCUUACGUGUAUCGCUCAGCAUUCAGCGUGGGGCUGGAGACCGGAGUCACGGUGCCCAAUGUUCCCAUCCGCUUUACUAAGAUCUUCUACAACCAACAGAACCACUACGACGGCAGCACUGGGAAAUUCUACUGCAACAUCCCUGGGCUCUACUACUUCUCCUACCACAUCACAGUGUACCUGAAGGACGUGAAGGUGGGCCUCUUCAAGAAGGACAAGGCUGUUCUCUUCACCUACGACCAGUACCAGGAAAAGAAUGUGGACCAGGCUUCUGGCUCUGUGCUCCUCCACCUGGAAGUGGGCGACCAAGUCUGGCUCCAGGUGUACGGGGAUGGGGAUCAUAACGGACUCUAUGCAGACAAUGUCAAUGACUGUACCUUCACUGGCUUCCUCCUGUACCAUGAUACCAACUAACUCAGAGCUCCAGUGGCCUAAGUACCCCCAAGAAUCAAGGAACAGUCAGCAGGCUUCCAGCAUAGUUUGAAAGAUUGGUUUUAUUGUUGAGUUUGAGGGUUCUGAAUAUUAUCCGCAUGUGUACUCAUUCAUUCAUGAAAUGGCUUUAUUAAAAAAAAUCAUUUCUGUGUUCUUAGUCCAGAAAAAGAAGCAUUCCCUGGUCUCCGCAAGUUUUACAUAGUAGCAAUAAUAGAAUAAAAAUAACAUUUAGGGGGAAGUUUCACAAUACUCUCACUAAUGCUAUUUUUUUGAUGGAAUCUUUUUUCUUUUUUUUUUUUUCACUAAUGCUAUUUUGUGUUCACUGUCUCUCUUGAUGUUCACACAAAUCCUGUGCAUACUGUAUAUAUAUGAAAUGCAGUAUUUCCUCUUUCUACAGUUGGGGUCUUUAGGCUGAGUUUAUGAAUGUCUAAAGUCUUAAAUGUAUUAAAAUAGCAGAGCUAAAAGUGGAGGCCAGAGCAGGGUCUGUUCCCACUGGAAGUGUAGGUUAAAAGGGCCAGUUCCUGUGAAAGUUGUUACUUCUCUGCCCGGCUCCACUCUGGCAAAAGAAGAUCAUUGCCCAAACCUCAUUCAAGAGAUUUAUUGGGAGGGAAGAAUCCAGGAGCCGGAAGGGAGCAGAGAGAACACUUUUUCUGGGGAAACCUUCCCCUAGCGGAGCAGAGUUGUUACACUCUGGGGAACCUGAGCAGAAUUGUUUCACUGGGGAAACCUUUCCCUGCUACAUUUACAGUGACUGAGGUAUUCCUUGGCUCCCAACUGCCAGGGUACCUUUCUAUCCAAGUUGCAUGGCUUACUGGAAAGUACCAUUUUUCAAAACCACAUGGUUGUUUGGAGUGUUGGUAGAGGUCUCUUGACCACCUCAUUUGAGGGUCCAUUAAGACUUCUCCUCAAUAGAGCUUUCUCAGAGAAGAUGGUCCUAUGUCCAGGUCCUAUUCCAGCUGGAUGGACACUCAUUGAGUCCUUCCCCACUCUGCCAUCUGCUUCUCUGCAUCUGUGCUCAUACCCUUUCUUCCAGCUAGGUAAAUCCCUUCCACCUCCACCUGUGGGUUGUUCCCUGUCCCUCCAGGCUGCUGGGAUAGGAGAUUUUCUGAUGUGUCUCCUUCCACGCUGCUCUGUGUUUUUCCACAGAUGAAAAUCUCUGUGUGAGAUGUGUUCUCCUUAGCCUAGGAGCAAUUUCUUGUUAAAGCUGACCUCCCUAAGCUGGGCAGUGGUGGUGGUGGUGGUGCAUGCCUUUAAUCCUAGCCCUCAGGAGGCAGAAGCAGGAGGAUUGGGCUAACCUGUGAGUUCGAGGCCAACAUAGUCUACAAGAGCUAGUUCCAGGACAGGCUCCAACACUACAGAGAAACCCUGUCUCGAAAAACCAAAGCAAAGCAAAGCAAAGCAAACCAAACCAAACAAAACCAAAGCAAACAAAACAAAACAAAACAACAACAACAAAAAAAACCUGAACUUCCCACCCCAGAAUCCUCCGAAGGUCCUUGACAAUUGCUUAAAAGCAAGCAGUCUCCUGAAUACCAUUGCUGUAAGUGGAGACUGCAUUUUUGGUUCCUCGCCACCCAGACUUGAAUAAUCACACAAAACUAUAUUAUUUACAACACUCUUUGACUGAUAGCUCAGGCAUAUUCCUACCUAGCUCUUAUGUUUUAAAUUGACCCAUUUCUAUUAAUCUGUGUAUCACCACGAGGCUGUGACUUACCUACAGUAAGGUUCUUGCAUCUUUCUCCUUUGGCAGCUACAUGUCAUCUCCCUGACUCCACCUUCUUUCCUUGCUAACUCUGCUUGGAUUUCCUGCCUUGCUAAACUUUGUCCUGUCAUAGACCAAAGUAGCUUCUUUAUUAACCAAUGACAAUAAAACAUUCACAGCUUACAAAGGGGAAUCCCAUGUCACAUUGCUAUCCAUAAUUUACUUCAGUUCAGUUUCUACAGUACUCAUUCUUACCCAGAGAUCCAUCUCAUUCAGAAACACUGUGAUUUUAAGCCCCCAGCCCCUGUUCAAAUGGACAGCUUCAUCCUUUCCCGCUGAGGCGAAAGAUGCCUGUGCUUUCUACAACACCCACAAAAUUCUUCCUCGAUUUCAGCCAGAAACACAAAGCACAGAAGAAUUUGCCUCAUUCUUUCCCUGAGCACUGACAGGGUAGAGGAAGAACCAGCACUCCUGAAUUAAUUCUUACUUUCCAAGACUUACAGGUGGGAGGGCUGGAGAGACGGCUCUGUGUUUACAAGCAUUUGCUGAUCUCAUAGAGGACCUGGGUUCUGAUGCCAGCAGCCACACUGGACACCUCAUGGCUACCUAUAAUUUCAGUUCCAGGGAUCCUAUGUCCUUUUCUGGUUUCUGCAGACACUUCAUGCUCAUGGUGCUCUUGAAUAUAUUCAGGCACACAUACAUACGCAUAAAAUAAACAAGUAAGCCUUAAAAUACAGGUGGUUCUCUAUAAGAGGCAAAGUCCUUUGCUAACUCUGCCUUAGGAGCUGUUAAAUACACUUGGUUCAAGAUCUUGGUUAGUGCUGGCCUUUGAAGGAGCACCUUGACACACUGCCUGGCUCUCAGUGUGUGUUGAGGAUAUGAACAGGCCUCCUUGGCUUCCCUGUUUUAUAGUUCUAUAGCCCUUUGUUCCUUCUAUCUGUGAGCAGCGGGCAUUUGCAGCCCCUGGGCAGCCACGUGUUACUGAAAUAACCCAGAGCUCCCACAUGCUACUCAAGUGCUCACCAUUGAGCUGUAGCUCAAGCCCUGGAUUUGGAUAUUUUAAAACUAAUCAUUAAAGCCAAGAGAUGUUUGGAAAUUGAAAAAAAAAACCCAAAAAACAAAAAAAAAUGAUGACUUCAAAUGAUUUUGUUUAUGCUCAUUAGUAAAAGUCUCUUGUAUAAAUUACAAAAGGCGCUACAAAUGGCUCACAGUGGUAGACUUUCCCUUAGGAGGAAACUGCUUGAGUGGAGCACUUUAAAGGUUUAGGGAAAGAAUAAAUAGCUCUGCAAAUGUGGCUUUGUUUUCAAGUUUGUGUUCUGGGUGAUUCCCUUUGGUAAGGACACUGGAGGCUUGGUCUUUUAAAGUGCUCGCUUAUUGUUGUUUUCUACAAGUAAAGAUCCAUUCCAAAAUUACAAAUAAAACUAUAUGCUGUGCACCA